AGACGGCCCCCCGAUUGGUUGACAGUCGCCGGAGCCGGCCGCACGCCCCGGCCCGGGGGCGGGGUCGCGGGGCUGAUCGGAGAGGAGGCUACCGGCUUCCGUGAGUUAACCAUGGCAGCCCGGGCCGGUCCUAGGGCCUGGACCACAGUAGUCUCUGGAUGCCGUCCGAAGUCGGCGACGGCGGCUGCCGCCUUGACUCCGGCUCAGGGACCUGCACGGAACGUCAGACACCUGGCUUCCUGUGGUAUACUGAUGAGCAGAUCUCUUACAUCGCAUACCUCCAGGCCGCCUAAGGAGAUACAUGCAAGAACUUUCUUCAAAAUUACUGCACCAUUAAUAAACAAAAGGAAAGAAUACUCAGAGCGAAGGAUUAUAGGUUAUUCAAUGCAGGAAAUGUAUGAUGUGGUAUCAGGAAUGGAAGAUUACAAGCACUUUGUUCCUUGGUGCAAAAAAUCGGAUGUAAUAUCAAGGAGAUCUGGAUAUUGUAAAACACGAUUAGAAAUUGGGUUUCCACCUGUACUGGAACGUUAUACAUCAGUUGUGACCUUGGUGAAACCACAUUUGGUGAAGGCAUCUUGUACUGAUGGGAGACUUUUUAAUCAUUUGGAGACUAGUUGGCGUUUCAGCCCAGGUCUUCCUGGGUAUCCAAGAACUUGUACCUUGGACUUUUCAAUAUCUUUUGAAUUUCGCUCACUCUUACACUCUCAACUUGCCACAUUGUUUUUUGAUGAAGUUGUAAAGCAGAUGGUUGCUGCCUUUGAAAGAAGAGCAUGUAAGCUGUAUGGUCCAGAAACAAACAUACCUCGGGAGCUAAUGCUUCAUGAAGUUCAUCACACAUGAAUGAGAGCUGGUGUCACCGACUUGGA